AUGGUUCUAAGCCUCAUAGAGGUGGUCCCACAUCUCCUGGAGAUGGUUCCGGAUCUCCUGGAGGUGGUUCUGGAUCUCUUGGAGAUGGUUCCAGAUCUGGAGGUGGUUCUAGAGGUGGUUCCACAUCUCUUGGAGGUGGUUCUGGAUCUCCUGGGGGUGGUUCCACAUCUGAAGGUGGUUCUGCAGGUGGUUUCACAUCUCCUGGAGAUGGUUUCACAUCUCCUGGAGGUGGUUCCACAUCUCCUGGAGGUGGUUUCAUGUCCCUUAGAGGUGCUUCCACAUCUGGAGAUGGUUCUAGAAGUGGUUCCACAUCUUCUGGAGGUGGUUCCACAUCUGGAGGUGGUUCUAGAGGUGGUUCCACAUCUCUUGGAGGUGGUUCUGGAUCUCCUGGGGGUGGUUCCACAUCUGAAGGUGGUUCUAGAGGUGGUUCCACAUCUCUUGGAGGUGGUUCCACAUCUGGAGGUGGUUCUAGAGGUGGUUCCACAUCUCUUGGAGGUGGUUCCAGAUUUGGAGGAGGUUCUAGAAGUGGUCCCACAUCUCCUUGAGGUGGUUCUGCAUCUCCUUGAGAUGGUUUCACAUCUCCUGGAGGUGGUUCCACAUCUGAAGGUGGUUCUAGAGGUGGUUCCAGAUCUCCUGGAGAUGGUUCUAAGCCUCAUAGAGGUGGUUCCACAUCUCCUGGAGGUGGUUCCGCAUCUCAUAGAGGUGGUUCCACAUCUGGAGGGGGUUCUAGAAGUGGUCCCACAUCUCCUCGAGAUGGUUUCACAUCUCCUGGAAGUGGUUUCAUGUCUCUUAGAGGUGGUUCCACAUCUGGAGGUGGUUCUAGAAAUGGUUCUGGAUCUCCUGGAGAUGGUUCUGGAUCUCCUGGAGGUGGUUCCGGAUCUCCUGGAGGUGGUUCUGGAUCUCUUGGAGAUGGUUCCAGAUCUGGAGGUGGUUCUAGAGGUGGUCCCAUAUCUCCUGGAGGUGGUUCUGGAUCUCCUGGGGGUGGUUCCACAUCUGGAGGUGGUUCUGGAGGUGGUUUCACAUCUCCUGGAGGUGGUUCUAAGUCUCAUAGAGGUGGUUCUGGAUCUCUUGGAGGUGGUUCCGCAUCUGGAGGUGGUUCUAGAGGUGGUUUCACGUCUCCUGGAGGUGGUUUCACGUGUCCUGGAGAUGGUUUCAGAUCUGGAGGUGGUUCUAGAGGUGGUUCUGGAUCUCUUGGAGGUGGUUCUGGAUCUCUUGGAGGUGGUUCUGGAUCUCCUGGGGGUGGUUCCACAUCUGAAGGUGGUUCUAGAGGUGGCUCCAGAUCUCCUGGAGAUGGUUCUAAGCCUCAUAGAGGUGGUUCCACAUCUCCUGGAGGUGGUUCUGCAUCUCCUGGAGAUGGUUUCACAUCUCCUGGAGGUGGUUCUGCAUCUCCUCGAGAUGGUUUCACAUCUCCUGGAGGUGGUUCUCAUGGAAAUGGGUCGGGAGGACCUCAAAACUCAAAGGAACCACCGGGUUCUCCUCCUUCCUGGAGAAGAUGGAGGUGAAGAAGAGGUCUUCUUGAAGCUCCGGAUGUUCUCUUUGGACCACGACGGCAUUGGACAACUGAAAGGCCUCAACUUCUCUUUCCUUGAUGGGACCUCAGGAGCUCAGAUGGGACCUCUCCAACCCUGGAGAAGGCUCUGA